AUGGCUCUUGCGUAUGACCCACAUUUUAUCGGGACUGGAAACGUCGACACCGCCGCCGGUGCCUUAAUGACGUCUCCAUCUCCCUCUCCGGUGAGUUUGAGUCAAGACGAAUUGAAGAAAAUCGCCGGGUUUAAGGCUGUUGAGUUCGUAGAAUCCGGUAUGGUUGUCGGACUUGGAACGGGGUCCACGGCCAAACAUGCAGUCGACCGUAUCGGCGAACUUCUCCGGCAAGGUAUACUGACGGACAUCGUCGGAAUCCCCACCUCGAAAAAAACCCACGAACAAGCUUUAUCUCUAAACAUCCCUUUAUCGGAUCUCGAGACACACCCUGUUAUCGAUUUAGCCAUUGAUGGAGCCGAUGAAGUCGACCCGGACAUGAAUUUGGUUAAAGGUCGUGGUGGGUCUUUGUUACGUGAAAAAAUGAUCGAAUGCGUUUCAAAGAAAUUCGUGGUGAUUGUCGAUGAAUCAAAGCUUGUUGAUUACAUCGGUGGCAGUGGUUUAGCUAUGCCUGUUGAAAUUGUUCCGUUUUGCUGGAAAUUUACAGCGCAGAUGCUUCAAUCGUUGUUUAAAGAUGCUGAUUGUGUGGCAAAGCUUCGAACUUUACCGGAAUCCGAAGACCCAUAUGUAACUGACAAUAGCAAUUACAUCAUCGAUUUGUAUUUCAAGAAAAAUAUAGGGGAUUUGAAGGCUGCCGGCGAUGCAAUUUUGAGGAUUCCCGGAGUGGUGGAGCAUGGAAUGUUUCUUGAUAUGGCUACCACUUUGAUAGUCGCCGGAGAACAUGGUGUCACCGUUAAGAACAAAGCUUAG